AUGAGAGGUUCAGAAAGAUUAUUAUAUAUGGGGAAUUUUCAUUGUUUGUGUGCAGGAGUGAAUGAAAAUGAAUCCUUAUGGUAAAUGAAAAGAAUUAUUGUGACUGACACAUAUAUAUAUUAUUUCCCAUAUACAAAUUACACCAUAAAAACACCAAAACUUAAUGAGGAUUGGUCUAAUUAUAAGGAUUUACCAUCUACUAUACCAUAAAUAUAGGAGAGAAUGCAAUAUAUUAAAUAAAACAAAUUAGAUCCUGAUUCUGUUACAGCACCUCCACUUUAAGUAUAAUAGGUUUCAGAUAAAUAAGUGUUUAUGAUCUCUAUUGAAUAAUUAGUCAAUUAUUUAUAAAAAGAUGGAUAUAAUACUAGUAUAUCAUCAAUAUAAGGAUAAGCUAUAUGUUUGAUUAAUAAAUUGAGCAAACAAGUGUAAUAUUUGAUAGCUUAAAAUUAAGCGGAUAAUUUAAAAUUCUUUAGAUCUAUAAUAGUUGGAAAUGCUUUUCAAAAAUAUUAUACUGAUAGAAAUUCUAAAAAGAUAUAACUAAAUUAAAAUGUAAUCACAUGGCUAUAAGAUAGUGUUACUGAAGUAAUAGCUAAAUUAGAUUGUAAUAAUGAAAACUUAAUUUCAACUUAUUAAAUAUUAUGUGAAUGCAAUAAUCUAGUAAAUGGUUUAAUUUUUAGAUUAAAUUUAAAAGAACAUCUUAAAUCAUUAUAAUUAUUGUUGGAAUCCAUUAAACCAGAUUAAAUAAUUAAUUUAACUCUUAAAAAUUGUAAUCUUAAGUCAAUAAUGAUUUAGGAAAUAGCACCAAUACUUAAGAAACGUCCUUAUCUUUAAUAAUUAGAUUUUAGUUAAAAUUCAGUAGAUGACAGAGGUAUAGAUUAAAUUGCAAUGCUUUUUGAAAAAUGUUUAGAUAUAAAUUAUAUAAAUUUAUCUGCAAAUGUCAUAUAAGGUAAAGAAUAAUAUUUAGAAAUAUUUUUAUUAAAAGCUGGAGCCAUUUUAAAUAAAGUAUCCAUUGAUUUAAGUUAAAAUUAAUUAAAUGAUUCUAGUAUUCUUAUUAUUGAAAAUAGAAUUAUUAAAGAUGAUAAUUGUUAAAUUAUUAAUAUCAAUCUUAGUUACAAUAGAUAUUCAAAAGAUGGUUAAAUGUCUUUAUUUAAUUUAUUCUCUAAAAAGGCAAAACCAAAUCUUAUAUAUAAAAUAUAUCCAUUACCUUAUACAUAAAAUAUUGUUGAGUAAUUGUUUAAUAUAAAGAAGAAUAAUUAACAGGAAAUUAUUUUUGAAGAAUCUCAAGAAUUAUAAGGAUCAUAAGCUAGAAGAGGUUAAUCAAUAUUAAAAUAACCAUAACAUAUAUUUCAACAUCAUCCAACAUUAUAUUAAAAAUAAACAAUUUAAUUCAAUUUUCCACCUCAAUUACCUUAAAGACAUUAAAUUACUUUUCAUAAAAAAUAAACAAAAAAGUAGCUACCUUCAAAUACUAAAGUAUUAUAAGAAAUAAGAAAUAAGGAAGAAUAAAUUUUAUAAGUUUUACAUUCAAAUAAUAAUGAUCCUCCAGUUGAAGAAAUUUAUUAAAUAACAGAAGAAAUUAAAACAUUUUAAUAUAAUAUUUCAAAUACAAUAGUUAAUCAAUUAUAAUAAAUGAUUUGGAGUAAAUUAAAUGAUGCUAUUUUAUUUAGAGAUAAUUAUUCAAUUAGUUUUUUAACAUUUUCUUCAUUUAAUUUAGGAAUGGAUAUAACUAUAUUUAAAGAAAAGUAUGUAAAAUUAUCAAGGAAACUUUAAUUGAUUGAAAAUAGAAUAAAUAAAUUACUGAACUUUUAAAUAGAAGAGAGUAAGAUUAAUAAAGAACUUGAUGAUUUAAUAUCAUUAUGUCAUAGAUUAGAUAUUAGAGGUACUCCAAUUGAUUUCUUAAUACAAUUGAAAUUAGAAAGAGAAACUAUUAUAAGAAAAUUAGUUUAUUAAGAUUAUGUAUGGUAAUUUGAAUACUAUGAUGAUCUAUUAAAUGAUUCAAAAUAAUUUAUUUUUAGAGAUAUAGAAUAUGCAUCAAAAUAAUUAUAAUAAUCAUUACCAGUUUCAUCUAGUUUACUUUCUCAUCCAUUUAAUAUAUGUUAUUAUGAUUUGACUAAAAUAUCAAUACAAGAAUAUGAAUAAUAUUUAGAGACACUUACAAAAAUUAUAAUAUAUUAAAAUUCUUUUUAAGAUAAGACACUUAUAAAUACAAAUAAUAUAUUAGAUUUUGAUAAAGUUGAGAAUGAAAAAAUAUUAUAUUUUGCUAAAUUAGGUUAAAGGAGAGCUAAAUUUAUUGUAUAUAAUCAUUUUGAAAAUUUUAAUUAAAAUAUUUGGAAUGAGAAUUCAGAAGAACAUUAAUUAAAUUUUGUAAGAGUAGUUGUUAAUUAUUAUUCUGCUUAAUAUCGAAAAUAAUAAUUAAGAUAUUAUUUAGAAAAAGUAUCACAUAAUUAUACUGAAAUGAAAUUAAAUGAAAUAAUAGAAGAUAUAGAUGUAAAACAAUUAAAUUGUGAAUAUAGAUAUUAAAUUUCUGAUUUAAAAAUAAAACAUCUAAGAAUUAUAUUACCUAUAUAUACUAAUUAAGAUGUUAAUUAACCAAAACAUAUCUUUGAAUAUCCUUAUUUAAAUAGAAUACAACAAUUAGAUAUUGAAGAUCCUAUUUAUGUAUAUGCUUAAAAUGAAUUAAUUAAAUAAUUAAAACAUAUAGUAUCAUAAAUUGUAAUAAUGGAUAGUGAAAAUUAUGAUAAUAAUUCAGUAUUAAAUGCAUCUCGUCUUGUUAUAGACAUUUGUAUUAAUUCUCCUUGUCCAUGUUUAUUAAGUGAUGAUCUCUAUAUAUUUCUUAUUAUGACUUAAUUGAAAAUGAAAGAAACUAAUUUUUAGAAAUUAUUCUUAUUAUUUUUGCAUUAUCUAAGUCCAUCUAAAACAUUAAUGUAACCACUUUAUGAUUGGUUAAUUACAACCUAUUAGGAUAUUAAAUUAUUAUAAUUAAUUACUGCAUGGAUAAAUAAUAUACCUAUGAUAUAUUGGUUACCUUCAAUAUAAGAAAUUAAUUUUAGAUUCAAUAAAUCUACAAUUAUGAUACAUUAUCUACAUUCUAGAAUACUUUAAAUUGAAUUUGAUGGAUUUGCAACAGUUUCAGAAGUGAUGAAUUAAAUAUAUGAAGAAGUAAAUGAAAGUGAUAAGGGAAGUUUAUGGAUUUAUGUAAGAGUAGAAUUUAAGUAAGAAUAAUAAGGAUAGAUUAAUAUUAUAAAAUAUUUGGAUAUUCCUCUAUUAAGUUAAUUGGGUUUUUGGGAACAUUUCUCACGUAUUAAUUAAUAAUAUAAUGUACUCUCAAUUGAAUUAAGAAGAAGAAUCUUUUGUAUGGAUUGUGUUGAAAUUUAAUCAAUUUAAGAAAUUACUAAUUAAUUUAUUAAUUAUCCAUAUAUUUGUUAACAUUAUAAUAAUGAAAGUAUUAAUAAGAUUAUAAUAAUAUUGAUGUGUAUUGAAUCAAUAAAUGAUGAAUAAUAGAAUACUUAAGAUAUUAAUAUUUAUAAUUAUAUUUAAUUUAUACCAGUUCAUUUAAGAGGUUAAAUAGAUAUAGAUGAUUUAAUCAAUUAACAUUAAGAAAUGAUUGCUUAAUUUGCUUAUUUUGAUUAAACAUAAUUAACUAAAUUGAUUAAAAUUAUAUUAUCAUUUAAUCCUUGUUUUAAUAGUUCAAUUUAUUAAGUUAAUUUUGAAAAAGAAAAUUGUGAAAUGAUAAUUAAUUAUCAUGGAAUAUAUAUUUAUUAAGGUAUAUCUUUUAUAUAAUCAAUAUUAUAUUCUGAAAUAGUAGGAAUAUCAAUUUCAUCUAAUUAAUUGAGAUUACAUUCAUUUAGAUAAAAAUUUAAUAAAUAUAUAGUAACAUUUUAAGAUGAUUAAAGUUUAGAGUGCUAUUAAAAUAUAUUAUCUUAUUUAGUUUUAUUAUCAAAUGAAAAACCAGAGUAUUUUAGUAUAUAUUAUGAAUAUUCAAAAAUUAGAUAUAAAUAUAAUUUACAUUUAACUAAUUCAUUUGAUUAAGAUGAAAUUGUAGAAUAAUUAUUGUCUUUAGCUUAAAAAACAGGUAUAUAAAAUAUAUUAGAUCGUUAUCAAUAAAAUUAUAUCCAAAAGUUUUUAGAAGAUAGUCAUUUAUAAAGAGUUGCUAGAAAAUAAUUGAAAUUACUUUAAAAUAUUUAAUGUGCAACUCCCUUUAGACCUAUAAACUAAAUAUUUCCAUUUUAAAAAGAUUGUCCUAUAAUUUAAUUUCUUAAACCAAAAUUUCCUUAAAGUUAAGAUAUUAAUAUAUAUUUUGGUAAAGGUAGUAAAAAUGAAAUAAAGAGAUUAUUUGAUCCAAUUAGAGAAUUGUUUCCUUCAGUAGAAUAUUUAGAUGAUUCACCUCAUUCUUCAAGAGGGAAAUCAGCAAAGGAAUCUUUAAAGUUUGAAAAUUAAUUACUUGGAUCAAAUCAUUUAAAAUCAUAAAGAUCUAAAGGUAUAAGUUCAGAAAGUAGAAAAGUUUCUUUGAUAAAUUCCAGAAAAACUUUAGAAUAAAUUUAAAUAAAAUCAGAAGAAAAAUAAGAAGUAAAAUCAGAAUAAUAAACAUAUCGAAAGAUAUCAAAUGAUAAUAUGUUUAAAUCUUAAGAAAUAUAAUCUGAAAACAAUUAGAAACCUAGUUUUAUAUAUAAGAUUUAAGAAGAAGAAGAAAAUAUCAAAUCUGAAUAUAGUCCUAGUAUAUUAUAAUAACAAAAUCUCAGAGUAAGUUUAUCUUUGAGUAAAACAGUUGAGCAUGUAAUGUUUUAAUCAAAUGAAAGUGAUAUAAAUAGAUUAAGAUUAGAGGGAGUCUUGAAAUCAUAAUAAUCAGCUAUAUUAUUAUAAAAUUAAUAAGAUUCUAAAACCUAAUCAUCUCAAUAAUUAUUAGAUAAAGAUAAUGAAAGUAUUUUUGGUUCAAUAAAUACAAUAAAAUCAAAAAAAGAAUAAAAAUAACAUUCGUAAUCAUAAUAAUUCAUUAAUUGA